AUGAAGAAGGAAGCCUACUCCAAUCUCUCACUUCUCAUUGCCUUGUUUCUAGGCACACUCUCACUUUCCCUCUGUGCCCCAAACCAAGGCAAUGGAGAACUCACCGACACUGAAGCCAUGUACAUCAGGCAACGCCAGCUUCUGUACUAUAGAGACGAGUUUGGCGACAGAGGAGAGAAUGUCACCAUAGACCCAUCUCUUGUAUUCGAGAAUGACCGCAUCAGAAAUGCUUAUAUAGCAUUGCAAGCUUGGAAGCAAGCCAUUCUCUCGGAUCCCCAGAACCUCACGGCUAACUGGGUUGGAUCCAAUGUGUGCAACUAUUCCGGGGUUUACUGUGCUCCUGCGCUGGACAACCCCAGGAUCCGCACGGUUGCAGGCAUUGAUCUUAACCACGGAGACAUUGCUGGUUACUUGCCAGAAGAGCUUGGGUUGUUGCAGGAUCUUGCUCUGUUUCACAUAAACUCCAAUAGAUUCUGCGGCACCUUGCCUCACAGGUUUGAUAGACUGAAGCUGCUCUUCGAGUUGGAUCUCAGUAACAACAGAUUAGCAGGCAAGUUUCCAGAAGUGGUUUUGCGGCUUCCAACGCUUAAAUUUUUGGAUCUCAGAUUCAAUGAAUUCGAAGGGAGUGUGCCCAAGGAGCUGUUCGACAAGGAUUUAGAUGCCAUUUUCAUCAAUGACAACCGCUUUGUGUUCGAUAUUCCUGAUAACAUUGGCAACUCGCCAGUUUCAGUUAUAGUUCUUGCAAACAACAGGUUCCGCGGGUGUAUUCCGGCGAGUUUGGGAAACAUGUCGAACUUGAACGAGAUCAUUCUGAUGAACAAUGCACUCCGUUCGUGCUUGCCUUCGGAGAUUGGGUUGUUGAAGAACCUGACGGUGUUCGACGUGAGCUUCAAUCAGCUACUUGGUCCCUUGCCGUACACCAUUGGAGGCAUGGUGAGUCUGGAGCAGUUGGAUGUGGCUCACAAUUUUCUGUCUGGUAAAAUCCCAGCGAGCAUUUGCAUGUUGCCUAACCUUAAGAACUUCACGUAUUCGUAUAACUUCUUCACCGGUGAGCCUCCGGCGUGCCUGAGCUUGCCGGCUUUUGAUGACAGGAAGAACUGCUUGCCGGCGAGGCCGUUGCAGAGGUCUCCGGCGCAAUGUAAGUCGUUCUUGUCUAAGCCUGUUGACUGUAACUCGUUUGGCUGUAAACCAUUUGUUCCUUCGCCUCCUGGAGUGGUGGUACCUUCACCCUCACCGCCUAUAGUGGUGCCGUCACCUACACCAUCACCGCCUGGAGUGGUACCUUCACCGUCACCGCCUACAAUGGUGCCUUCACCGUCACCGCCUGGAGUGGAACCUUCACCAUCACCGCCCUCAGGGGUGCCUUCACCGUCACCGCCUAUAAUGGUGCCUUCACCUACACCAUCACCGCCUGGAGCGGUACCUUCACCUACACCUCCCUCAUGGGUGCCUUCACCAUCACCGCCCUCAGGGGUACCUUCACCAUCACCGCCCUCAGGGGUGCCUUCAUCGCCGCCACCAGUGUCCUCUCCACCUGUGUAUUCGCCACCUUCACCUCCACCACCUGUUUAUACUCCACCAUCGUCGCCACCGAUGUACUUUCCUCCACCUGUGUAUUCACCACCAUCACCGCCUCUUUCACCUUCACCAUUGCCGUCUCCACCAUCCUCACCUACUCCCACACCACCAUCUGGUAACUGGUCUCCGCCGCCGCCACCAAGUUCACCAUCACCCCCUGGUCCCAUAUUCUCCUCACCACCAACUUCUCCUUAUCAUAGCUCACCGCCACCUCCAACUCAUUCACCUUCACCACCCCCUAACUCACCCCAGCCACCCGUUUAUCCUUAUUUAUCACCGCCACCUCCUCCCCCUUUCCAUUCACCACCACCUUGUGAAGAGCAUUCACCCCCGCCGCCACCACCACCUUCUCCCGCACCUUACCUGCCAUCACCCUCCCCAUAUCCACCGACGCCACCAGUGUAUGUUUCUCCACCUCCACCGGUUCAAUAUAGCUCCCCACCACCACCACCACCACCACCCCCACCCCCUGUUCAUUACAGUUCACCACCACCACCACCACCUCCUGUUCAUUACAGUUCACCACCGCCACCACCUCCAGUUCAUUACAGUUCUCCACCGCCACCGGUUUACCAUUCUCCGCCGCCAGCAUCACCGCCUCCAUGCGAAACUCCACCCUCUGCCUCUCCGCCUCCACCAGUUGUAUACGGAAACCCACCACCUGCUCCUGUAUAUGAAGGGCCAUUGCCACCUAUCUCUGGAGUCUCGUACGCAUCUCCUCCACCACCACCUUUCUAUUGAUUCUUUUGAUAACUUUUCUCCUCUUAACAUUUCCCUCUACAAACAACAAGAGCCACUCUGUUA